CUUUUUCUCCUUAAAAUAUUCGAUUUGUCUGAUAAUUGUUUUGUUGCUCGUCUAAAUGUUUUUUUUUUUCAAAAGUUUUAUCAAAAUAGCAAUUGUAGUGAUAUGAAGGCUGUCUUGUGGCAUAAGAUCCUUACAUGUUCAGUGGAUCACUCGCGCUACAGAAAAGCCCUAUAUUUACAAAGAUUAGUGCGUAACGUAACUUUGGAAUGGAAUUUAUGAACACACAGAAAUACAAUUUCUCAUAAUUUUCAACAUUAAAAAGGCUGCCAACUCUGCGGUUAUUCAUGUCGCGUCGUUAAAAUAAUAUAAAGAGUUCUAAACCUACAUUCGCAAAGGCAUGAAGACCUAAUUUUAAAGCCGAUAAUUAAAUUAUAGAAGAGAGGAAACCGUAGAGAACAUUGAACGGAAAAAGGCAAACGGUGGUAGGGGAACACGUGCGUCGCACCUAGUAUUGCUACUGCUGCUGCUGUUUGCGCAAGAGAGAGGUUACCCAUUUGUUGUUGGAAUUGAGUGUAAACUUGGUGGAAAUGUUUUUGGAUUGAUAAAAUAAAAUUGAACAGAGGAAUUAGCUACUGAAAAGCAAUUAAGCUGCUUUAUAAAAAAGAAGCAAAAAAGGAAAAGAAUGAAACUACUUUUGUAUGUUAAAAGCAAAAUGUAGUGCCUUUGGAUAGUAAAACUGCUGUGUAUAAGAUUUUUUUUUUAACGUUGAUGUAACAUACCCUUACGACAUAAAAAUAUAGCUAAUUUUAAUAAUCAGGUUAUAAGAAUUACAAUGUCGUUCAUAAAUAAUCUGAAGAAGGUGUUCCACCUUGGAGGUGGGGAGGCGAAGAAGAAACGCCUUUACAAUAAUAUCAAAAUGGAUACCGACCCGGCGGAGUUUUGGGAAAUGGUGGGUGAGCUGGGCGAUGGCGCUUUUGGCAAAGUAUAUAAAGCGCAACACAAGGAACACAAACGUUUUGCAGCGGCGAAAUUAUGCACAUUGGAAGAUGAAGAAAAUCUUAGUGAUCACAUGGUUGAGAUCGAUAUUUUAUCAGAGAUAAAACAUCCAAACAUUGUGGAAUUGUAUGAGGCGUUUUCAAUAGAGGACAAAUUAUGGAUGCUAAUUGAGUAUUGCGAUGGUGGUGCUUUAGACAGCAUAAUGGUGGAAUUGGAGAAACCGUUAACGGAACCACAAAUCGCCUAUGUUUGCCGACAUAUGACUGAAGGUUUAAGUUUUUUACAUAAAAGUAAAGUAAUUCAUCGUGAUUUGAAAGCCGGAAAUGUACUGCUAACAAUGGAGGGGGGUGUAAAAUUAGCUGACUUUGGCGUCUCGGCAAAAAAUAAGCAUACUCUACAGAAGCACGACACAUUUAUAGGUACACCUUAUUGGAUGGCGCCCGAGCUUGUGCUCUGUGAAACAUUUCGGGAUAAUCCUUACGACUUAAAAGUGGAUAUCUGGUCACUGGGCAUAACACUAAUUGAGUUAGCGCAAAUGGAACCACCAAAUAGUGAAAUGUCACCGAUGCGUGUUUUAUUGAAAAUACAAAAAAGUGAACCUCCAACACUGGAUCAGCCUUCAAAGUGGAGUAAGGAAUUCAAUGAGUUUCUAAAGAGAACUUUGGUCAAAGAUCCACAACAACGCCCAACCACAGAUAUUUUAUUACAGCAUAGAUUCAUUAAUUGUGAACUAGACGCUAAACCUAUAAAAGACUUAUUAUUAGAAUAUAAAGCUGAAGUUGUUGAAGAAGUCGUCGAUGAUGAUGCUGAGGAACCCCGCAACUCGGCGCUCCGGCUCGACCUGGACGAUGACUCUGCCUCUUUGCAGAGCCAAGAUAUUGACAAACUUCCAGGUACCCCAACAUCAGUAUCUAUGGACUCUAAAGAACCAAAUCAAACAAAUAGUAUACCACAAAGUAAACUAUCACAACAAGGAGGAGCCGCAGAUAAUGUUUCUCCCAUAUUGCAAAAAAGUCUUGAAAAUAAUAUAUCAUCUUCCAAAGAAGCAAAGGAGGAUGAACAAACAAAAAGCGUUAACAAUGCGCCAAAGGAAAAUGAUACGAGUAAGCCGCGUUCACCUGGAGUGGCCACUAAACAAGCAGCUGUUGCUACUACACCUGCUGUUGAAGCUGACAGUCUUCCUGAGAAAAGCAUUGACGCUGAGAGGAAGAUUCCCAAAAAAGAGAAGGGUAAGGCACCGCCACCUCCAUCUGCUGCUGUGAUUACAAAAACGCCAGAAACUCCAGCAGCAGUAAAAGCACGCACAGAAUCGGAGAAGCGAACCAACGACGAAUACACCCGCACAGCCGCAUCAGUCAAAACAGAGCUGACCAAGAAUGUAGAAAUCGAUGUGCUAACGCCUGCAUUGCAACAGUUCGUUAAUGAACCGCAAGAACAGGCGCAGCCAUUGCCAUCACCAUCACCGCCAUCGCCGACCACAUCGUCAGCAGCGGUUUCGGUUAAUUCAACUUCGUCGUCGGUGAAGAGCGGCGCCAUGCUAAGCUCGACCACUUCGCUUAUCACCAUUAAUAGCGAGGCUUCGCCAUCCAGCACGCCAACACGUUCAUUUAACAAUCAGGCACAGCAACAAAAUGUCGUUCAUCCCAACAGCUUGGAAGCCAGUGGCAGUCAAAUAAGAGUUGUGACCAGCACGCAUCCACCAGUCAUAAUUGACAAUUCGGUGGUGCCCGCUGCAUCACCUCAAAGUGAAGUGAUAAUUGUUUCAAACGAUUUGAAUAAGAGCACUCAUGUGCCAGAAUCUUCGACUGACGACGAUUUCACUUCGUUCGACGACAGUCUAGGCGAUUCACCGCUAUCGCCUCGACAGUCAUCUAUGAUAGUGGCUGUGUGUGAGAAGGGAGGCGAAGAAACGGAUAAGGGCGAAAUGAAUGCCGAAGCCAAUCAGUCCAUUAUCGGCAAAAGAUCGCGUGCACGAAAACUGGACGAGAGCGAGGUGCUAAUCGUUAGCCCAUCUUUCGUUGAUGAUGACUCUGCCUACAAUACAGCAACGGGCAGUCACGAUCAUAGUGAACACCUAAUGGACACCAGCCAUGUGUCCGUUGUGACUGUCGGCGAUGAGAUAAAAGUUAAGGACAGUAGUCAUCUAAGUAGCGAUCAAUACGAUACAACAUUAAGCAACGAAAACAACAACUUAAAUAGCCAACGACCAUUUAUAAAGAAUCACCAAAACGGCCAAAUUAUCACGGGCACACCAACAGAAGAUGUAAAUAUUAUUAUAAAUCGUAACACGCCACAAGACAUUAGUGUCGGUAAACGACCGUCACCGGAUAAUAGCGUGGGCUCAAUGGAUUCACGCACACUUAGCGAAAGCGGUUCGCUACGCUCUAGUGGCGGUGUUAUUCGACGAGCUGUAGGUUUGAAUAUUGCAACAGUUGAUCAGAGUGACGUUGAAAGUAUCGGCACCACAACUAGUCAUGAUAGUCGUAAUGAGGCGGAGGGCCCCAUAAUGGGGUCUAAGAUUCCUGAGGAUGAAGAAGUUGUCAUUCGACGUAAACAAGGACCUCUAUCGCCGAAAAUAGUAGCACCACCUGCUCCGACUAAAGAGGAAAUCGAACUGCGUAAUCUACGUAAGAAAACGCGAAAACGUACGCGAAAAUUCGAAAUUGAUGGUGUACAAGUGACCACAACCACCAGCCGUGUCAUAUACGGCGACGAAGAGACUGGACGACUUUACGAUGAUCAUGUGUUCCGCAAGCAAGAAUUGCGAGAACUAAAAAUGUUGCAAAAACAAGAGAAGAAACAACAAAACGACUUGCAAUUGAAGGAGCAAAUUGCUAGGGAACAGCAGGAUCGUCGUUUCGAACAGGAACGCAUUUCAUUGGAGAAGACUUAUGAAGCCGAUAUGGAUACAUUGGCAAGACAACAGAAGCAAUUGAUUGAGAAAACGGAACAAGCGCAGGAACAUGAGCUACGAACAUCUUCGAAGCGCAUUCGGUCCGAGCAAGAACAAGAAUUGAAGAUCUUCCGUGAGAAUCUUAAACAAGAAAUUCGUUUGCUGAAACAAGAAGUAGAUUUACUACCCAAAGAUAAACGCAAAGACGAAUUCAAGCAACGUCGUUCCGCUAUGGAACUGGACCAUGAGGAGAAAGAGCGCGCUUUCCUAGAUUCGCUCAAAGAACGCCAUGAAUUGUUGUUGCGACGGUUGAGUGAAAAACAUCGCGAUCAUCUUGCCACAAUCAAUCGCAAUUUCCUACAGCAGAAGCAAAAUGCCAUGCGUACACGCGAAGCACUGCUGUGGGAGUUGGAAGAGAAGCAAUUGCAUGAGCGCCAUCAAUUGGCCAAGCGGCACGUAAAGGAAUUAUGUUUCAUGCAGCGCCAUCAAAUGAUUGUGCGACAUGAGAAAGAGUUGGAUCAGGUGAAGAAAAUGUUGCAACGCAAAGAGGAGGAUAUGAUUAAGAAACAGGCCUUGGAGAAACGAGCGUUGCCAAAGCGAAUUCGUGCGGAACGUAAAGCACGAGAUUUAAUGUUCCGUGAAUCUUUGCGGAUAUCAACAAAUCUUGAUCCCGAAGUCGAAAGAGAGCGACUUAAGAAGUUCCAAGAGCAAGAAAAGAAACGUUACACGCAAGAGGAGCGACGAUUUGAAAUUAAACAUCAAAAGCAACUGGAGGAAUUGCGCGCAACACGUGAGGGAGCGAUAAGAGAGCUUGAGCAGUUGCAGAAUGAGAAACGCAAGGCUUUGGUCGAACAUGAACAAGCCAAGUUGACGGAUAUCGACGAGCGACUAAAGGCCGAGUUGCGUGAAUGGAAGGAACAAUUAGUACCUAGAAAGCAGAAACUUAUCGAUACUCUUAACGAAAUGUCCGAGCGUUUUGAGAAAAAAUACGGUCCUAUACCAGAUCGUGUGCCAUUCACAUUGAAAGAUAUUGAGGUGCCAUUGCAACUGCGUGGAUUUUUCAAUGAUGCGCCACGUUCUCUGCCACGUGGUCUCUUCCUCAGCGGCAAUCAGAUGCUGCGAUCGCGCACCUACUUCUCUCUAUCGUUAGAUCCACGCGCCAAAUUCCACGGUUCCACACCCGAUUUAAGUCGCAGUGUACCUACAACACCUGUAUUUCGUAAAUUUGGUCCAACCAAAGAGCGCAGUGAUAGUUUGGCACUAGAGAGAGCACCUAGAUUACGAGAGGAACGCUUCACAGAUGAAAUUGUGGAAUUGCGACAAGCACACGGGGUACUAACGCCACGCUUUGUGUCCGCAGCGGCAACGGCAGCAUCAUCAUCAGCAGCUGGUGUCGUCAAGGUCGAUAUGCCGAGUGAUGUCGGCCAAUUGAAGGCAAUUAAUGUGCAAACUCCCACACUGGGCGCCAGUCGACAAGUGGAUUCAGAGCGACCUUUGCUGUCUACCUUCCGUAGUACAAUGCCGCCGCAGAGUAGUCACAAUAAUGAGUUGACAAAAAACAUGAAUACAAACAUAUAUUCCACACCACACGCUGAUAUUGUAAGCAAUCGUUUUAAUAAAAAAGAGAAUUUAAAAGUUGAUGAACCAACAACAACCAUAUCAGAAACAACAAUAUCCAAUAAACCAGACCUGCGCCAUCAAGCGCAAAAUCUAUUAUAUUCCUCAUCGUUUGCUAUAAAACGGCCCAGCUUAUAUGGAACGGGUCGCUCUUCGUUAGGCAGUACGCAAUCAUUGUAUGACAUAUACGAGGGUACAACACGUUUCAACACUCCGGCUGAACGCGUUGAGCCUGGCGUUAGAUUGCCGAACAAGAAAGCGACCGCUCUACUCGACAGCAUUGAACCCUCCUUGCGCGCCUCAAUCAAAUUGGGUAGUGUACAGGAGGUGAAUAACUUGGAUGAUAAAGAGGUUAAAUAUACAAUCCCCAGGAUUGAAGUAAAAGAUAAAAAGUCGAAGAGAAAUAUAGCAGUCUGUCCUUUAGAUGAGGAUUCCUGGGCUUAGAGCAGUCAAUGUAAAAAAGUGCAAAAGAAAAACAGUUAAAAAAAUAUAGAGAACACAAAACAUGAAAACGUAAAUCAACAAAACUCAGUGGCAUUUAAUGAGAAAACGUGGAAUAUCGUUUAGAACAACAGGGCGUGGUUUGCAAGUGUAUUUUUCCUACUUCUAACUGCAUAUGCUUUAAAAACGAUUUACAUAUACACAUACCUACAUGUACAUAUACAAGGUGGCGCAAAGCUAAACAUCCAAUUUUGUUUUUGAAUAACUUUUUUACGAAAUAAAAAAAGUGAUUUCGAGUGAUGGAAAUCUUUAUUUUGAACUUUACGCACUCCAUUGCUUGUCUGUUUGCAGCUUCUUAGUUCAUAAAUGUCAAAUAUGAUUGACGUAUGACGCCAUUUACAAAAAUUGCUAAUCUUCCCAUAGGGUGAUUAAUUUUACGCCACCUUGAAAUAGAUUCUCUGUUGGCACUAACAUUUCGUAUUUGUUUGCAUUAACUCAUUAAAUGCGGUCACUCGAUGACACAUACUACUACAUUAUUUCUGUGUGUAAAAAUGUAAAUAUGUGGGUGUACGGGUUUGAAGGGUUAACACUAUGUAGCAAAGAAGUAAAUGUUACGGUAGUGAUAUGAAUAACGCAGUUUUGCUGUGAGCUACUGCGAAGAGUUUUUACGCAACAGUCAAAGAUUUCGUUAGAAGAAAGCGAUUUAAUCAAAAACCAGCUUUUUAUUACACAGUGUAAAAGAAUCUGCAAAAUCUACGUAAACUUUCUGACUAACUAAACAUCAAUGAAAUAUUCGUAAAAGAAAUAGACAUUCCUGGUUGCGACUGAAGAAAAUGAAGAAUUAUGAAAAAUGUAAAAUCAAAUAAAUCAUGGCAAAAGUAUUAGAGACCUACACUUUUAUUAUUUGUUUGUAAAAAAAAAGUGCCAAGCACUGCUGUUUGAGUGAAAUCUACGCCUAAAAGAUGCCAUAUUAAAAUUGUCGAGUUUUGAUAUAUCAACAACUACAACCGUUCCAUAUAAUUUGGCGUAUUCAAAGAAGUUUUUUGAGUCUCAAUUUUUGCCGCAAAAAUUGAACUGUCCACCUGUUUGGUUUGCUGUGAAUAUAAUUUUCGUACGUAAUAACGUGCGUAAAUUAAUUUUUGGAAAUGUGAAUAAAAUAAAUUUGCAUUUAAAUUUUCAGAGAAUCGCUUACAUUUCCAUUAUGUAAUGAUUACUUUCAAUUGUUUGUUAAUCUUCCAAUUUUUUUUAAUCUUUAAAUUUUUGGUUUCUUAAAAUAAUAAGAAACAUUAGUUAGUAUUUUUAUUAAUUUUUUUAGUUCUGUUGUUGUUGUAGCUGCAGAAACAUUCCCCAUACAUAGACGGGAAAUGCUGCGAGAGUGACAGUCCUUGGCAAGAAUUCUUUUUUCAUUAAUUUCUUUAUUUAUUUCAUUUAAUUUAUUUUUCCAAAUUUUUAUUUUUUCUUUCGCUCGAAUUUAAUAAUUACUUUUUUUCUUAUUCUAAAAUAUUGAUAAUUUGUAAGUUUUAAUUUUUUUUUUUCGAACUUAUGUUGAAUUUAAAACACUCGAAAGUGCUAUUUAUCAAUAUUUUCAUAAUUUGUUGUUUCAAAUCAAAGCCGUAUGAAUUUUCGAGCCUUUUGUGUGAGUAAAAAAAAAAUUAAAUUAAAAAUAGUCAUACAAAGUAUUCACAUCUGCAUUUUUUAGUGAAAUAAUGUUCAGAAAUAAUAAUUUUUUAAAUUUGCGGUUGAAAAAAAUCAUAAACGUUAAUCAGGUUAAAGGUAAUCAAAAUAAAAAAAAAAACUUUUUUUUGAGAAAAAACUAAAUCAUUAUUUUCGGGCGAAGAAAAUAAAAUCUUGGAUAAUUAAUUUUGUCAAGAAAAAAGUUCUCGGAACAAAUAAUAAAUCAAUAAUUGGUGCGUACACUUCUGCUAGGUGUUUGGAGGAUCUUCUUCUCCUAUUUUUUUAGUGUGCGUCUUGAUGUUGGUCCACAAAUGGAGGGACUUGCAGAUUUUUGCGGACCCCGAAUGGCAAAUGGUUUGUGUGAGGAACCUUUUCAUGGCAAAAAUACAUACGGAGGUUUGCCAUUGCCUGCCGAAGGGGGAACACUUUUCUAUAAUUUGAUGUUCAUGGACGGAGAUUCGCACUAGCGAGUGGUUACAGCGGUUGGAAUAUAUUCAGAAAAUUCAAAAUACAAGUUUUGCACUCGCCUUCAAAGUAUUCGCAACGCACUUAUGCCAGCGUUUUAUCCAGCUCUCGUAACAUUUCAGUAAGUAUUUUCGUUAUAGCCACCAGAGCCGUCCUAGAUUUUUCCAUCACUUCCUUUCGGCUGUUAAAACGCGUUCCCCGUAGUAAUUUUUUGACUCGAUCAAAUGCGCCUGGAUGAUAUUUGUUUCGUUCUUGGUCGAAAAUUCACGGAUAAUGAUGUGCGACAGUGUGAAGGUGUGUUAUCAUGGUGCAAAAUCCACGAAAUGUCUUCCCACAAGUCCUUUCUUUUUAGCGAAUUGCUUCACGCAAACGUAUCAUAACGCCCAAAUAAUAGUCCUAUUAAUUGUUGGACCUUCUGGCAAAAAUUCGUUGUGUACAAUAUCUUUGUAAUCCAUAAAAACCAUGAGCGUUGCUUUCUUUUUUGACUGAAAACGACGGGGGUU